CUGCGUCGAUCAUAUUUGAUCACAUACAACGACUCGGCCAUUGACCAUCACCAUGGCACUGGCGGCCUUGGGCUCGCUGACAGACGAGCUCAUCACUGCCGUGGCCAAAAUUGCCCCCGAGCAAAAGGAAUCACCGCGCGUCCAAAGUAUCAAGCGCCGUGUAGAAGCUGCACUACGCCCUGGUACCCAUGGACGAAUUAACCAAUUCGAAGUGGCCCGCCAGUUAGAGGGCCUCCAGGAGAAGUUCCAGGUCUUGAAUCGAGACGAGCUGGCAGCAGCUCUGCGUAGUCGCCUUGCCGAAUUACAGGAUUACCCAAAUGCAUGGCAUCCCGAAAUUCUGAGCUUGCUGGUGCAACUAUCAGAUCGUCCAGCCCAAUUAAGCAAUAUCGAUCGAUUGGCCACGCCGCUCGUCGCGAAUCAAGCUCCUGAGCAGCCGCUGUCUUGGGCGGACCUCGAUGCCCACGGUGCUGCAUAUAGCGACGAAGAAAUCUGGGAAGAGGUCGACUUUGGCCCUAGCUCCUCAGACGAUGAACUUACUUCUGUUACUAGUGAGAUCUCUCUCACCCGGCGACGACCUCGAACACCAUCUGUACCAGAAAAGGACUAUGUGAUCCCCGACGAGGUAUUCGUGUCAGGUGAAGAUGAAGAUCUUAUCAUUGCGAUGGAGAAGGCCCAGUUCUGGAAACCCGAGAACAAACCUUCUAUUCCCCGACGAAAGGAAGAGGCGUCUUGUCCCGUCACCGAACUUCAGUUAGCCAGAGAAACGAUCUUCAUGCUUCAAGGCUUACCAACUUCGAUCUUCUGGCGUCUCGAGAAUCAGAUCGAAGUCGAUCGCAGCUAUGCACUCGCACACUCGUCCCAGACGGCUCUAUUAUCGCUGCUCAAGUUCUUCACCGAGACUGGCUCAAAGAUCGAUGCACUACGGCGAUUUACCGAAGCACCGCAGUCUAUCGCCUAUAUGCAGACUUUUUGCCGAGGCAUUGAAGACCGUCUGCGCGAGUUUGAUGGGCUUCUCUCUAAGAUUCAAUGCACUUAUCUAUCUGCGGGCUCUGUAGUCAGUCUUCUUCAAUUGAACGACGAUGUUCGCCAAUGGUCGCAUCAAUUGCUGCUCUUAUCCGAUUUGGUUUCCAAAGUGGACCAGAAUUCGGCAAAUCAACCAAUGCGUUGUCUGGACCUAUUAUACAAUCUGGUUUACAUGACGGAAGCUCUCGGUGACGAAGAAACCUCAAGAGCACUAGCCAUCUUGUUCUUUUCAUGCUUCAAAACCUAUACACGCUCCAUCGAACUCUGGAUGGAAUCUGGACAAGUCGAUCCCCUUGACGCUGCCUUUUUCGUCAAGCGGAAGAGCGAGAAUGGUGAUUUGCGGACCUUGUGGCAUGACUGGUACGAGAUUGACGAAGGCUACCAAACACAAAAUAUUCCCCAAUUUUUGGAACCUAGCCUGCUCAAGGUCUUCACUACUGGCAAGAGUAUGGUCUUCUUGCGCCACCUGAAUGCCCUUCCAGACCGUUCAGAGUCAGCCACAAGGGCGGACACGAUAUUCGACAAUGUCUAUUCCGAGUCGACAUGUACGGCUCUUCCAUUUUCUGCGCUAGUCGAGUCAGCGUUUGACCGGUUGGUAGAUCUCAACCAUUCGGCCAGCGCGGGCUUGCUACGAACCGAACUGGACGAACAGUGUGGACUUUGGGUGUCUUUUGAUGCCCUUCAACAUGUCUACCUUGGCCAAGACCUCAGCAUUCUUGGCAUGAUCGAUGCUAAAAUUUUCGAGCUGAUGGACCGUGGCCGGUCCUGGGAUGAUAAAUUCCUCCUUACCGAGGUAACCAGGUCCGCAUUUAGUGCAAUGCCUAGUAUGGACGUGUCAAGACUGGUCGUGCGAUCAGAUGGCUCUUCCUCCCGUGACUCUCUCAGCCUUGCCAGAACCGUCAAGAUCCUCGAAACCAUAUCGAUUGACUACGUCCUUCCAUGGCCUGUCGCAAACAUCGUCACACAAGACGCAAUUCAAAUCUACCAACGAGUCUCGACGUUCCUCAUGCAGAUACGCCGGGCAAAAUAUGCCCUUGUCAAGCAGCGCUUGCGAGACGGACGCGCCGCUUCAGACGACCGAGAGGGAGCCCUCGUGCACAGUCUCCAUCAUAAUUUGCUCUGGUUUCUUGAUACCCUCUACGCGCAUCUUACCUACCUAGUUAUAUCUACCGCAAACCAAUCUCUACACCAAGCGCUUUCCAUUGCCGAAGACGUGGACGCAAUGAUCACUGCACACAGCUCAUACGUCUCUUCCUUGGAGAAGCAGUGCCUCAUAUCCGAAAACCUCUCUCCAAUUCACGACGCUAUCAUCAAUCUCCUGGAUCUGUCCAUCCACUUCGCGGAUCUACAGACCGUCCACGCAGCCGAGGAAGGAAUGUUCGAUCAAGGUGAUGCUAGCAUGUUGGAUACACUACGACGAAAGAAAAAUGUCGACCGUGAUUCGGACUCGGACUCGGAUUCGGACAAUGACUUUGAGCACGAGCAAACAUUAACCAUCUCUUUCCGUGAUUCGCCAUAUGAUCUCCAGAUGCGAAAUGUGAAGCGUCAUUUUGACCAUUUGAUUAGCUUUGUGGCGGAUGGGCUGAAAGGUGUUGCUCGUGCUGAUGGUUUGCCUAGCUGGAAUAUAUUGGCGGAGCGCCUGGAAUGGAGAAAUGGUUGACUGAUAGCUUGACCCUAAGGAAGUCCCCGGAGCGGGUUACAAAUUAAUGAAUUAACGAUCCACUUUAUACCUUUUUCUACUCGUUUUAUAAGCAUCCUUCUGAUAUACUAGUAUCGAGGGUAAAUCCAUUAUUACUAAAGAUCUU